AUGGUCUCCCUUGAUUUGCCAUGGGCACCGCGUGCUGGCGUGGACAGCAAGGUGGAAAGCACAUGCCGACUGAGGCAGCGUCAGCGCGUCGUGGUUGGGCCGAUGGUGUUCACAUCAGACUUCGACAGCGGCAACAUGGGCCAUGUGGAACUGUUGGAAGACGCGCCGUUUGUUUCGCUGAACUGUCAGCCGACAGCAUCACAGCUGGAGUACGUGAUAGAUGUUGCGCCGGACUGCGCAGGCACCGACCACGAGAAUGGAUACAAGACGUGGUUUUAUUUCGGAAUCUCCGUGGCAGAGCCCGUCGAGCUAGCUGCAGCCCAGCGUCUCCCUUCGGAGGCUUCCCAAAGACUUUCGCCGGAGGCCCGAAGCCGGGACCUGACACCCUCCAGCGAUUCAGCUGCCGGCGAAGAUCCCACCGAGACCCAGGAGACGGAUGGAGCCUUCCAUAUGUCCGAGGCAAGCAAGGCUCAGGAGAGAGCUGCGACGACGCUUCCACAGGUCGCGGAUGGCGAGAUCUCGAUGUUCCUGAAUGUACGGAACAUGAACAACCAGAGCAAGCUCUACAAUGAGGGCUACCGGCCCUGGUGCAAAGCUCCCGGUGGCACCUGGAAGCGACUACAGGAUUCAUCGCUGCUGGCGUUUUCCCAUGCGAAGCAGGCCGACGGAUUCUCUAUCCGCUGGCACCACCACUCUCGCCGUGGCGCGGGCACUACGUACUUUGCCUUCUGUGCGCCGUACAGCUAUCUCGACUGCCAGGGGCUCCUGGAAGAGCUGGAGGAAAGCUUCGCGGAGACUUUCACGGAUCCCUUCCGGCCGCUUCGGAACCUCUCGCGAUCUCUUGCAGAGACCUACCAGCCGCGGGCAGGCUCUGGAAUCUAUUUGCGGCGGCAGCUCCUCCACAGAUCUCUGCAGGGUCGUCGAGUGGACCUCCUCACUGUGACGGCCUUGCCUGGGCCUGGGAUGGACAUGAUGGACGAGGUCGACGUGCCUCCCCCGGACCUUCCGUGCCCUCAGAGCGGCUUGCCCUUGAAGUUCCCGGACCGGCCAAUCGUCUUCCUGUCUGCCCGCGUCCACCCUGGUGAGACCCCAGGGCAGUUUGUCUUCCUGGGGGCGCUGCGCUUUCUCCUGUCGGACGACCCGCGGGCUGCGAAGCUGCGGGACCGUUUUGUGUUCAAACUGGUCCCGAUUCUGAAUCCGGACGGAGUUGCAUCUGGCCACUACAGAACGAACAGUCUGGGCCUCAAUUUGAACCGUCACUAUGACAAGCCCACUCCAAAGGAGCACGAGGGCAUUUGGGCCACGAAGCGCAUCCUGAGCCACUGGGCCAGGCAGAACCGAUUGUUGGUCUACCUGGACUUGCAUGGUCACGCCUCUAAGCGGGGAUGCUUCCUGCUGGCCAACCGUCUCGUGGGCCCUGGGCAGGGCUGGAAUGCUGGUUUCGCCCGGCUCUGCCAAAUCAACUCACCCUACUUCGAUCUGGAACUCUGCGACUUUGGCGAGGCGGACGACGCAGAGAGGGAAGGGAAGGAUGGCAUGUCCAAGGAGGGCUCGGGACGAGUGGCGGUCUACCGAGAUUGCAAGGUUUGCAACGCUUACACGCUGGAAUGUAAUUACAACACUGGCCGGUUUACCAGGCCGAUGUUGCCUCUCAGGGGCGCCAGGUGGCUGGAAGAGUCUCCCAGCUGCAGCACGACCAGCGAGGAGCCGGUACCUUUCACUCAGAGCUCCUGGGGUCAGGUUGGUGAGGCUGUUUGCAUCAGCAUCUUGGACUUGUACGGCCACAACUGCCACAGCCGAGUGCCGAACACUCGCCAGGCCAGUUUACGAGCGUUGCUGGGUCAGACUAUCCGACCACGGACAGGCAGGACCACCAGGCUGAAAGACAUCCUCCCGAACGGCGUGGGCUUGAGCCUCGAGGACGUGGCAGCGCGUGAGCGGCCAUGCCGUGGAGCUUGCGGCUGGCAUGGGGUGUGGCAGGAUGCCAAGGAGUGCAAGGAGCGGCCGCCGGAGCGGGCAGAGCGGCGUUCUGUGAGACCCGUGGAGCCGAGACCCGUGUCCAAGGGAGGCAAACGGAAGCCAGAAAGCGGGCCGCCCGGGCCGCCCGGGCCAAGGCCAUCCUCGAAGUCUUCCGUUCGGGCGCCGCCGGCCUCGAAGGAUCGACCUGACUUGGCUUCGGAGCCAAAGUGUUCGGUGAGCCUUCCAGAGCGGUCGGAGCGUCGGAAGUCCUCAAAGGACCGACCGGAAACCCUGGUGGCUUCCGAGGCAAAGUGCUCCGCUCCCACAACCACGGCGAGCCCCGAGGCGCAGAGGUCUCGUUCCCUGGACCCGAGGCGGCAGUUCGCUGUGCACAAGGCGGAGCGUCUGCCCUUGGCCCUUUUGCGUUCCGAAACUCCUGAUGCCGACGCAAAGGGCAAAGAGCUGAGGCCCGGUACUCAAGUGAAGGAAGGCAGGGCAAUACCGCGCAAUGCGAUGCAACUUGUCCGACCGCAGCGGAAGCGAACGAAUUCCUUGGAUGCCAGUCGUAUACCUAAGACAGACUUUGGCGCCAAAGUGCGCCCGCAGCUGCUUCUUGAGAUCUCCAGUCGAACAGGAGCAGCUGUGACUGUAGGAGCUUGCUGA